AUGGAUUUCGGGUCCCUGGAGACGGUGGUGGCCAACUCGGCCUUCAUCGCCGCCCGGGCCAGCUUCGACGCGAGCAGCGGCCCAACCUCCCGGGACAGGAAGUACCUGGCCCGGCUCAGGCUACCCCCGCUGUCCAAGUGUGAGGCGCUCCGGGCCAGCCUGGACCUGGGCUUCGAGAGCAUGUGCUCGGAGCAGCCCAUCGGCAAGCGGCUCUUCCAGCAGUUCCUGCGGGCGCACGCACAGCACGUGGCGGCCCUGGAGCUCUGGCAGGCCGUCGAGGACCUGGACUUGGCCGAGGACGACCUCCGGCCGCAGAAGGCCCAGGCCAUCCGGGCCGCGUUCCUGGACCCCCAGGCCAAGCUCUUCUGCAGCUUCCUGGACGGGGAGGUGGUGGCGCGGGCCCGGGAGGGGCCGGCGGGGGCCGGGGCCGGGCUCUUCCAGCCCCUCCUGCGGGCCACCCUGGCGCACCUGAGCCAGGGCCCCUUCCGGGAGUAUCUGGACAGCCUGUUCUUCCUGCGCUUCCUGCAGUGGAAGUGGCUGGAGGCCCAGCCCGUGGGCGAGGACUGGUUUCUGGACUUCAGGGUCCUGGGCAGGGGUGGCUUUGGGGAGGUGUCCGCCUGCCAGAUGAAGGCCACCGGGAAGAUGUACGCGUGCAAGAAGCUGAACAAGAAGCGGCUGAAGAAGAGGAAGGGGUACCAGGGCGCGAUGGUGGAGAAGAAGAUCCUGGCCAAGGUGCACAGCAGGUUCAUCGUGUCUCUGGCCUACGCCUUCGAGACCAAGACCGACCUCUGCCUGGUGAUGACCGUCAUGAACGGGGGCGACGUGAGGUACCACAUCUACAAUGUGGACGAGGAGAACCCCGGCUUCCAGGAGCCGCGCGCCGUCUUCUACACGGCCCAGAUCAUUAGCGGCCUGGAGCACCUGCACCAGCGGGGCAUCGUCUACCGAGACCUCAAGCCCGAGAACGUGCUCUUGGAUGAUGAUGGCAACAUCCGAAUUUCCGACCUUGGGCUGGCGGUGGAGCUGAAGGAAGGGCAGACCAAGACCAAGGGCUACGCCGGGACCCCAGGUUUCAUGGCCCCGGAGCUCUUGCGGGGGGAGGAGUAUGACUUUGCCGUGGAUUACUUCGCCCUGGGGGUCACGCUGUACGAGAUGAUUGCGGCCAGGGGCCCUUUCCGCGCCCGAGGAGAGAAGGUGGAGAACAAGGUGCUGAAGCAGAGGGUCCUGGAGGAGGCGGUCACCUACCCUGCCAAGUUCAGCCAGGCCAGCAAGGACUUCUGCGAGGCGCUGCUGCAGAAGGAGCCCACGCAGCGCCUGGGGUUCAGGGACGGCUCCUGUGACGGGCUCCGCGCCAGCCCCCUCUUCAGAGACAUGAACUGGAGGCAGCUGGAGGCCGGGACGCUGACCCCUCCCUUCAUCCCGGACUCCAGGACCGUCUACGCAAAGAACAUCCAGGACGUGGGUGCCUUUUCCACAGUCAGGGGCGUGGUCUUUGACAAAACAGACACAGAAUUCUUCCAGGAAUUCGCCACCGGCACCUGCCCCAUCCCCUGGCAGGAGGAGAUGAUCGAGACGGGCAUCUUCGGGGACCUGAACGUGUGGCGGCCCGACGGGCAGAUGCCCGAUGACAUGAAGGGGGUCUCCGUGCAGGAGGCGGCCCCCUCGUCCAAGUCGGGAAUGUGUCUGGUUUCCUAGACCAGCCGCAGCGCCUCGUGGGUCAGCCAAGCUCCUCCUGCCAGGCUGCCCACGUGGCCGUGGCCGUGGCUGUGGCCCUGCCACUCAGCUCGGGCAGGAGGGAGGACGCCGGUGCAGCAGAACCUCCUGCGCCAGGUCAGGAGUGCCAGCGGGAAAGAGUCCACCUCUCUUGAACCAUUUCACUCAAAAAGGAUCCAACGAUGGUUCCUGGAAGGAAUCCACGGAGGAUGCCCAGCUCUCCAGGGCCUCGCGCGGACGUGUGGGCUGGCGGUGGCCAGGGUGGCGGGAGUGAAAGCUCAGUUUGGGUCUCCCGGCACCUCAGCUGCAGCUUCACGGGCCCCGCCUUCUCUGGGCUGGUUCAGAGGUUGGCAAACCCCGGCCUGCGGGCUCGUGGUCUCCGCUGAGAGGCCUGGACUGUGGGCCCGGACCGGCUUCCCUUAGGGCCCCGCUGCGGGCCCCGCCCCCGGCCGCCUGCUCACUGCUGGGGCCGGGCUGCUCGCCCUGCACGUCUGCGGUGCUGAGUCUCCGACGGGAUGCCCUCGCCGGCUGGGGCCCAGGUAUCCAGGAGGAGGGGAGGGUGUCGGGGCCUGGAGGUGAGCCUGACCACAGCGGCCACCCCUCUGAGCUCCUCUUCAUCUUGAGACCGUCUCCAGCUGAUGACAGCUGGGUGCGAGGUGCCCACCCCGGGCAGACAGGGCGGCCAGUAGCUCUCUCUCCCACGCGGCACCUGCUCACCCCCCCGACUCCGCCUCUUGGCCUGCAAAGCCCGGCCCUCUCCUGGUCCCCCUGCCCGGGGCCAGCUUUGGGCUGGUCUUGCUGUGGGGGAGUUGCUGCCUGACGGCCAGGAGCAGCCCCCUCCCUGCCUCGAGCGCCCCCACCCUCAGACUGCCAUGCUGAGCGUGGUUCGUGCCCCCCCACCUGCUCCCCCUGCAGCCUCGGGGGCCAAGUGCUGUGAGGACCACCCGGGACCCGUGGUGCCUGCGGCCCGAAGCUGCUGCCGGAGGCCAGCCCCGGGCAGCUGCGGGGUGAGACAGCCGUCAGGCGUUGGUGGAGAGGUUUCAACUGUGGAUUUUGGUCCCUUGUGCACCGAGGACAUUAAAGCCCCUUUUCUGGGGAAUAGACCUGCAGGAUGACCCUCUCUCCUGUGUGCUGCAGCCUUAGAAUGUCCUGGAAGGGCCUCGAGGAGCUGUCCGGUGCUUUUGGUCUGUGACACGAAACUGCCACCCGAACAUCUCCUGGGAGGCCUGGAUGGGCGCCCGAGGCCGCGGCAGGCUGGGCUGUCGGCAGGCCCAGUCGCUGUGCUGGCAGGGACCCCGGCUUUGUGUCCAGGGAUGGAACUCGCAGAUCAUCUUAUGGCUGUAACUCUUGCGUCACUGCAUUUGGGUGCAAGAAACACCACUUCUGGUCUUUCUAACCCAUUUAAUGCACUCGAGGUCCCCGUGGCCCUGCACAGAGUGGUUUAAACCUCAGGGGGUGGGUGUGGCCUGGCCCUGGGCCGCCAUCAGAGCACCUUCCCCGGGGCCCAUGGUGCCUGAAGUGAAGCCUCUCCAGUGCAACCGGCACCCCCAGCGGGGACCCCUCUGCCUCCAUCUUCUGCUUGGAUGGCCAGACGAGCCAGGGCGUCGGGUCCGGUUGAAUUUCAGAUCAACGACGAAUACCUUUCUCAGAGCGUGUCCCAAACUCUUGCGUGGGACGCCGUUAGCGCUUUUGGCUAAAUCUGGUACAGCUGCUGCAGACGAUACACCCAACCUACGAGUGAGCGGUUGUUCCAUGAACUGGCGGGUCUGUGGGGACGCACCCACCAGAGCAACGUACGUGUGACUUUGGCUGUCUCUCUCUCGUGGUCUGCUCGGGGUGCCCCCGCCCCGUAAGAUUCAAGCCAGCGCCAUGCGCUACACACAGGCAGCAAGAGUCCUGCAGUCCCUUCACUUCUAAGACAUUUGAAAACUUAACUGAUCACAGAAAAAAAUGAAUCAUCAACGCUCACACCGUGAUGUGGAGGCCGCCCUGCAGGUGCAGGAGCCUGGAUGUGCUGGUGCCCGGCCGGCCACCCCUGCCCCCCGCCCCCUGCCCCGCCGGCCACCCUCCCACCCAGAGGCGCCCUGCGGCCAUGAUAAGCGGCGGCCAAAGUACUAAUUUAAAAUGCCCCGUCGUGAAAACCGCGACUCCGCUCACUUCAAACCUCUUUCGCAGCUGGGCUGGAGGGACGUCCCCAUCCUCCCGGCCCGUCGCGGCCUCUGGGGCCCGGGGGCGAGGCCGGCAGUGGGGAGGGUGCACAGGGCUGUUCCCGGUCAGUGCUUCCGGAGACUCCACCGCGGGCUUUCUCCCUGGGCCUGCGGGGGCCUGCGCUGCGGGCCGUCUCGGGUGCAGACCCCCUGGCCGGGCACACUCUGGCGGGCGCCCCUGGGCAGGGGACGUGCCGUCCAGCCCAGACGGUGGGACUGCCCGCGGCCGCCAGUGCAGCUGCUGCCGCCUCGGGCCGGGACCGUGGCCUGGGCCCCGGGAGGUCGCUCCCCAGGGCCGAGCUGGGGGGCCCUCCCUGGAGAAGCCUUCGUCCCUGGGCCGUUGCCUCCUCUGUACUCGAGCCCUGUGAUCUCUGAGGGGUGCUGGGCUCGGGCACUCGGCCCUGUGGUCAUCCCCAAGCCAGGAGCCCGAGGGGACGCCCACCCUGCCAGCCUGGGGGCACGUAUAGACGUGAACCGUGGUGAGCAUGUCACCCCCCCGCCGCACUGAGCACAUUUCUCACGGAGAAACUGCAAACGACUUCACUGCGACUUUUCAUUUGUAAAAGACAGCAAAUGCAAUUUCCAUCCAAGCAGAAAAGGGUAAAAAUAAAAGUUUAAAAAUAGGGGCGGACGAGGGACCUCUCUGGUGGCACAGUGGGUAAGAAUCCGCCCGCCAAUGCAGGGGACACGGGUUCGAUCCCUGCCCCGGGAAGAUCCCACAUGGCGCGGAGCAACGAAGCCCAUGCGCCACCACUACUGAGUCUGCGCUUUAGAGCCCGUGAGCCACAACUACUGAGCCCAUGUGCUGCAGCGACUGAAGCCCACGUGCCCAGAGCCCGUGCUCCACAACAAGAGAAGCCACCGCAAUGAGCAGCCCCCACUCGCCAUAACUAGAGAAAGCCCGUGUGCAGCAACGAAGA